AUGACCAGCCCACUCACCCCUAUCGACCUUGCCGGCCUCAAGGACAAAUGUGUGGUGGUGACCGGCGGCGCAUCAGGUCUGGGGUUAGAGGCAGCACAACUGUUCGCCUCGAGGGGCGCCUACGUGACUAUCGCCGACGUCCAACCUCCCCUGGAUGGAGAUAUCCUGCUCACCGCCAAACAAGGCCACCAGCACGUCCAGUACAUCCCCUGCGACGUGAGCGACUGGGACAGCCAAACCGCCGUGUUUCGAAGCGCCAUCGCCUUCUCGCCGGCCAAAACCCUCGACGUGGUCACCACUUUUGCCGCCGUCGAUCCGAUGGAGAAUCUCAUCGACCAGGUCAAGGCCCAGGCCAAGGCCCGCCAGGAGGAGGGGGAGAAGAAGGAGGAAGGGCCCAUGGUACCCCUGGCGCCCCCAUCACUCAAGUGCCUCGACGUCAAUCUGAAGGGGUCGUACUACUCGGCGGCCCUGGCGCUGCAUUACUUCUCCCAACGCCAGCAGCCUUCCAGCCAUCCACCUUCGUCGUCGCCACCGACAAAGGCCCUGAUCUUCAUCUCCUCGCUGGCCGGGUACCUGGACGACGACCACAGCGUGGCCUACACGAUGUCCAAGUUCGGCACGCGGGGCCUCUUCCGCGCGCUGCGUCGCCGAGCACGCGCCGAGAUGGGAGUCCGCGUCAACCUGGUGGCGCCGUGGGCAGUCAAGACGCCCAUGACGGCGCCGAUCGUCGCGGCGCUGCAGAGCAUGGGUAUCGAGGACGGCAAGGGAAUUACCUUUGCGAGCAAGGAGACGUGUGCUCAGGCCGUGGCGCGGAUUGCCCUGGACGAGACGCUGCAUGGUCGAGCAUACGCCAUCAUGCCCGAGGGGGCGUUUGACAUCAAAGACGACAUCGAGGGCGGGUACGGCGGCGAGGAGUUGAAGGUGCUGAUGGCGUGGAGGAAGGCGGCGGGGGAUUUUCUGCAGGGUUAG